AUGUCGCUUUUUCAUGACUCGCCCAUUGUGCAACCUAAAUGUCACGGCGGAGUUAAAUCCCGGAGUCAGCUCAAUGUCUCAUCGACCCCUGCACGGCAGCGCCGUAAUCUAUCGAAAUCGAUUUCCAUCCCCUCGUUACCGUCGGUGGUGCGGAACUCGCUGUCAUGGGCUGGGGAUAGCCUAAAUGCGUAUCGCAAUGGAGCCUCAAGAGAGAAAAGGACGGCGCCCACAGAUAUUGAGGAUCGCAAGCAGAUUUUGUACCUCAGGAUGCGUAAUGCAGUCUCGUACGAGGAGUGGAGGAAUUGCGCCUGCGAACUGGACGAGUUAGAGGACAAUAAUACCUGGAAACAGACGUUCGAAUGUUCCGAAUACAACCCUCACCUUGUGCAAGAGCGUCUCAGACAGCUGGAAGAAGCCCGCAUCGGUUGUGACGUAAGCCGGAUGCUUUUUCUGAUUCGCACUUCGCUGAGUCGCGAUCUGGGGAAUAUGAGCAAUGUUGCGCUGUACAGGCAUUCUCAUGUUGGUACGAAAGACUUGAUCGACCGGUACAUCACGACGGCGCUCGACACGAUAUCAAUGUUGGUGGAACUGGCUGGAAAGAAAUGUGACGUGUUGGAAUCGAGGUAUAUGCUCGAUCAACUCCUCGCCGCGCGACAGGCGUUUGGUCGAAGUGCUCUACUGUUCUCGGGAGGCGCCACGUUCGGAAUGAACCAUAUCGGGGUACUCAAAGCUCUGUAUGAAGCAAAACUACUCCCCCGUAUUAUUUCCGGCGCCUCAGCAGGCAGUAUUGUCUGUGCCGUUUUCUGCACACGCACGGACGAUGAGUUACCCGCGCUUCUGGAUACUUAUGCUUACGGGGAUUUUGCCGUCUUUGACGAGGAAGGAAAGGAGGAGAAUAUCUUGCAGAAAACAGCGCGGUUUCUAAAAUACGGUUCCUUUUUGGACAUUUCGCAUCUUGCUAGAGUCAUGCGAAACUGGCUUGGCGACAUUACAUUUCAGGAAGCAUACAACAGGACCAGGAGGAUACUGAACAUUUGUGUCUCCAGCGCCGGAGUGUACGAACUUCCAAGAUUGUUGAACUACAUUACCGCACCCAACGUGAUGAUUUGGUCAGCUGUAGCCGUUUCCUGUUCAGUGCCGCUGGUUUUCACGCCCUUUGUGCUGAUGGCCAAGGAUCCAUUGACCGGAGAAGCGGUCCCUUGGACUGAUUUUCACAAGCAGUACAUUGAUGGCUCAGUGGAUGGAGAUUUGCCCAUGACCAGGUUGUCUGAGAUGUUCAACGUCAAUCAUUUCAUCGUCUCACAGGUGAAUCCUCAUGUGGUUCCUUUUCUUCCGAAGGAUGAUAGUCCCAGCCAUGUGCCAAUGCAAACGUCAUCCUCACCUGGCUGGCUUCAUGCCGUGACGCAUCUAGCUAAGGACGAAAUAUUACACCGGAUGACGGUCUUGUCGGAUCUUGGUAUCUUCCCCACGUCCCUCACGAAAGCCGCAUCCAUCAUGAACCAGAAAUACUACGGAGAUAUCAAUAUUUAUCCGGAAAUUCUCUACGCAAAUUUUCCUCGAAUUCUCAAGAACCCGACCACUGAAUUCAUGCUUCAGGCGUGUCUCAGCGGAGAACGCGCAACCUGGCCCAAACUCGGACGGAUCAGGAAUCACUGUGCUAUAGAGCUCGCAUUGGACUCGGCUAUCCAGCAGAUGCGCGUGCGAGUUGCGUUCAGUCCUAGCCUGGUAGACUUGAGGAAUCACGGGUUGAAUGGCCAUCAGAUCGAUUCGCUUGAUAGUAGUGGAGGGCGCGGACGCAUGCUCAACCGGAGGAGCUCGUACGAUCAUGAGGUGGAGCGAAUGGAGCGAAUGCGCCCCAAUUCGGGCCGUCCAUCCACAGUGCAAGUGAGGCGGUCUCAUAGCGCGAUUCUCGCCGAGCAGUCACAUACCUUGAGUGUUAUUCGUUCAGCCGAAGUUGGACAGGAGAUUCAAGAUCAAACCAACGACCGCCCGAGGGACAUGACCGUUGACGGAACAUAUUGUAUUGACUCCGAUUAUUACGAAACGGAUCUAUCCUCUCCAGAGCGACCGAUACUUCCUCGGGGCUCCUCAUGGGGAUCGUCGGUGAGUGAGCAGCCAGGAUCACGGCAUGGUCAGCAGAGCCCUGUCCGAACUCGGCCGUCCUUAACGUCAGCCGCGUCCGUAAUGAGUCCCUCCGUAGGCGCAUCACGUUGGCCAUCAUCUACGCACUCUGCCGACGAUGCCAGCACCCGAUUGUCGUUGUACUCAAAGACGAUAUCACCCCCACGCAGCUUACUACAGAUGACGCCUGCAGUUCAUGGGGGCUCGAUUGGUUCGUCAACCCGUCACUCUUACAGCUGA